UUGAAAUGAAUAAACCCGUUCUAUGUUGUAUUCUCUUGCUGGUUCUGGCUGAAGGAUUUUUUGAGAAUCGAUUCCAAACUAAUUUGAUAGAGCAGCUGAGUAGUAAGGAUUUGCCGCAAAACUUUGUGGUCUCCCCGUAUGCAAUUCACCAGGCUCUAACAAUUCUCUAUCUGGGAAAGAAUAAUCGCAGGGACUAUCAAUUGGCCCGAGCCCUUCGAUAUACUGGCCGUCGUCAUGCCAAGAUUUUAUCCUUUUUCGGGAAUGCUCGUUUGAAGGCGUUUAAGCAGGACUUGAAGAUGAUAAAUCGACUUUACUUGUCCCCGGACCACAAUGCAUCACUGCACAUGAAGAAAAUUAGUAAAUCUAUCGGUGUUGAAGUAGAGAACAUAAACUUUAGAGACGGACUAAAGUCAAGUGAAGAAAUCAAGAAGUGGCUUCACAAAUCCUUUGAUAAGGGUGGACAUCACAUGGUUGACAAACACGACUUAACCAACAUCACAAAAAUUGUGGGACUGCAAGGAAUUUCUAUGUCAUGUACGUGGAAACAUCGGUUCAAAUCGCUGACUAAACAAAUUUUUAGUAUGGCAAGACCCAAUAAGGCACCUUAUGUCUAUAAAGUCGAAAUGAUGUACACUGUAGCUCCCCUUCAGUUUUUCAACGAUGACGAAGUUCGGGGUGUUCUGAUACCAUUUUCUAGGGCCGAUAUCGGAAUGCUGGUCUUAAUUCCCAGACGACAGCUAAGCACCCAAAAAGUACUUCAAAAUCUGGAUAAAUAUUUAAAAAUACAGCUGAGAAAGGCGGAGGAGACUCACCUGUUUUUACCCCUUUUUACGGUCCACGAAACCGUGGACUUGAAUUUGGCCCUAAAGGCUCUGGGUCUCAAGAAAGUCUUCACCGACAUUAAUGUCGAUCAGAAUACGGAUGUUGCCAAUUUUAAGCAGUACAACUCUCUGGAAUCCAAGCCAAAUCGGGUGUUGAUGAGCACCGAUGUUGGAAGCGACAACGACCUAAGAGUCGUCAAGGUCAACCAGGGAUUUGUGUUCGUUAUCAAGGAUCAUAGUACCAUUUACAUGGUCGGGCGAAAGGAGUCGAUUUGAUAGCGCAGUUGCAGGAAUUUCCACUGAAA